CGCCGGAAGGACGCGGCGUCUCCGCAGAGAGCGCGGUUGCUAUGACGCCCGUGACCGGCACCUGCCGCUCUCCGCUGAGCGGCGGUGGAGCGUAGCUGCCCCCGGACACUCACCGCUCUCUCUAAAGGACAAUUUCCGGCCUGGUUCCUGAGGUUGCCGCCGCAGCCCCAAGGAGAAAAGCAGCUAUUCUCCGCUCUUUUUUUUUUUUUUUUAGCAUUCCAGGUCUUUCCCGCUUUUCUGCCCAGCAGGGCCUGAAACGACAGAAGAGACUCACCUGGCUUGGCCUUUCUCUGCCUAAGGAUGGAUUCGCCGGUUUCCCAGGACCCACCCGCCGCAGACCUUUAGAAUUAGGCUGCUGCUUUUAUUUAAAGAGGGCUUAGAACCCUCAGUCUGUUAGUAGACGUUCUUUUUCUCACUUUCCAGGCGAAGACUCACCCCUGCACAGAGACUGCAUCUGAAGGGCCAGGCCAUGACAAAGUCCACCGAGCCACGGAUUCCCCUGGUUGUCGGCCUGUGAACAAAGAACUGCCGUUUUCGCCGUUUUGCCCUAUGUUCGCCAUGCAGAACUUUAAUUCCCGAUGAAGCUCCGGAGGCAUUUUGUAUCCUCAACAUCAGGCGUCAUCAAAUCGAGCUGGAGCUUAGCAGAGAUGGAUUAUUAUUUAAUCCUCCUAACAACCCAAUGAGAUCAGAGACCUCUUGACCUAAGGGCACAACGUCAAUAGAGAGGGAGAUAAUGAGCAAACAGAAAAGAAGAAGCUUCCUUGAGGAAGCAAUAGAAGAUGGGAUCUAGAACACAGGGAAAAGUUCAAUUAGAAGACUUACUUCACCAUCUUGAGAAAGAAGGGAUUGAACUCCUUGCCUUUACAGAAGAACAACUCUACUUUGUCUGGUGCUUGUUACAGCAAAGACAGGCUGAGGACUGCUACCAGAAAUCUAGAAGAGCUGUCAGGGAAGCACAUGGAAGAAAUUAAAGAAGUAGAAAAUUAUGCAAACCGUGUCUGUAACUUACCAGAGGAAAAGGAAGCAUUUUCUCAUGGUUACGAAAAGGAAAGCAAGCAGCCUAGGCAUGAGUUUAAAGGGCUCCAACUCAAACCGGAAGUGCAAAUAAAGGAGGUCGAAAUAUUGUAUCAAGAAGGCUUGUCUGAAAUAGCUCUGAGCAGCCCUAGUGAACAGAUUGCACACUUACUCAUGGAAAGAAGUACACUCUUGAGGAAACUGGAACGAGGGGAUCCCAAACCAGAAUCACAAAGAUGUCUGAGCAGUAACCUACAGAAAGAAUUUCCCCAGGAGAAAUUUGAACAAACUCACCAGCCUCUGCAAAGGGAACAUCAGAAACAUCAAGAACUUGUGCAUCAGUCUAAAAAAAGUCUGAGUGAGUCCCAUGAUGAAGACCCAGAAAAAGGUAAAAUAUCACAAAACUGCAGAGAGAAAGAUAUGGAACAAGUAACAAGGAGGUUAGGGAUGGCCCAUGAAGAGAUCCGAAGGCUCACUGAUGAACUGCAAGGGAAGGAGAAAGAACAGAGUAAAUUAGAUUCUGCACUUGAGAAGUCUCAACUAGAAAUUGAGAAAUUGAAAGAAAAUUUGAUAAAGCUGAAAGAAAAUGACUCAGUUGACCUACGGAAAGCAAAGGAACAUAAUCAGAGACUGGAUGAGGAAAUUCUGGCUUUAAGAAAUCGAGUUCGAUCACUUGACUCAGAAAGAAAGGUACUUGGAGAAGAGGUUGAAAGGCUUAAAGGAGAAAUUUGUGAAUCUCAAGAGAAUAAGCAACUUGGAAACCACUCUCCUGGAAAAAUGAAUCCAUCAUCUGGAGAAAAACGGAAAUACCAGCAGCAAGAGGAGCUACAGCAACUUCGCCAGAAUUUGCACCGGCUCCAGAUUCUAUGCAACUCAGCAGAAAAGGAGCUUCGAUAUGAGCGAGGAAAGAACUUGGACUUAAAGCAGCAUAACAGCUUACUUCAGGAAGAAAGCAUUAAGAUCAAAAUUGAACUCAAGCAGGCCCAGCAGAAGUUAUUAGACAGCGCAAAGAUGUGCUCUUCACUCACGGCUGAGUGGAAGCACUGUCAGCAGAAAAUCAAGGAACUGGAGCUGGAAGUACUUAAACAGGCUCAGAGCGUUAAAUCACAGAACAACCUACAGGAAAAGCUAGCUCAGGAGAAAUCUCGAGUUGCUGUUGCAGAGGAAAAGAUUUUGGAUCUGCAGCAGAAAUUAGAACAUGCUCAUAGAGUCUGUCUCACAGACACUUGUAUUUUGGGGAGGAAGCAAUUAGAGGAAAAGAUAAAAGAAGCAAUAGAAAAUGAAGCUAAAAUAAAGCAACAAUAUCAGGAAGAACAACAGAAGAGGAAACUCCUAGAUCAGAAUAUGAAUGAGCUACAAAAGCAAGUGAAAAUCUUAAAGGAUAAAGAGAAUCAACUGGAAAUGACCAGUUCUCAGCAACAAUCCAGAAUUCAGCAACAAGAGGCCCAACUUAAACAACUGGAAAAUGAAAAAAGAAAAUCUGAUGAGCAUCUGAAGAGCAACCAGGAAUUGUCAGAGAAGCUGUCUGGGUUGCAGCAGGAGAAAGAAGCUCUACGUGAAGAGUAUGGGCAAUUUUUGAAGCGGCUUGAUGUCCAUGUGAGAAACUAUAAUGAGAAGCAUCACCACCACAAAGCCAAGCUUCGCAGAGUCAAGGAUCGUUUAGUUCAUGAAGUAGAACUCCGAGAUGAGAGAAUCAAACAACUUGAAAAUGAGAUCGGAGCCCUGCAGCAACAAAUGGAAAAGGAGAAGGCAUUCCAGGACCAGAUCACCACCCAAAAUGAUAUCCUGCUCUUAGAAAAGAGGAAACUUCUGGAACAGCUCACAGAGCAAGAGGAAUUGAUCCACGGCAAUAAAUGGAUAAUAUCUUCGGUCCAGAGCAGAGUACUUUUCCUGGAUAAAGAAAAUAAGCAGCUACAAGAAAACAGUCUCCGGCUCACCCAGCAGGUUGGUCUCUUAGAGCGAAUCAUAAGGAGCAUCCACAUCCGCAGAGGGGAGGAAACAAUUAGUGACAUCCCUGAAUUUGAAGUAUUGAAUAAAAUUGUGCCCUUACCAAACUCCAGUUUUUCAGGAACGGGUCUGAUAGAGUCAGCUGGAAGUCUUCAAGAAACUGAAGAACAUAGGUCAGAAGAAGCAAUGGUAAACCCCAAGUCCCUCGAGUCUCUUUCGUGUUCACAGAAUUCUGAAGCUGGAUACAUAAACGUGGCUUCUCUGAAAGAAAUACAUCACAUCCAAGAAUAAGGCCAAGUCAGAACUAUGAAAUCACUGGUGUCUAAAACUAGACUGAUCAAAGCUGCUAACUUAAAGCUUGGGCGUGAAGGUGGAGCAUGACGUGGAGAAGAGUUAUGACAGAUCCUCACUGGACGUCAACCAGGAGUCUUCAAAAUUGCUGAUAAAUUCAUUAAACCUGUUCUAAUAAUGGAUUUCUCAAGUUUCUUUGGUAUCCUCAAAUGCCUUGUAUUGAUCAAUGUCAUGACUUAAGUUCAGUGGUUUAAUUAGGGGGUUUUUUUUAAGAUUUUUUUUUGAUGUGGACCAUUUUUUUUAAA